CUUCAUAUCUUCAACAACAUAGGCUUUUCAAAUGCUCUUGAAAUAGUUGGUUUGUUGUGGGGAUAACUCAAGAACAUAUUUUGCUCAUGUGAUUAUUUCUGAAGGGUUACAAUCAAUUGUUUUUACUUAAAUUCUGGUUCCCCUUCGCCCAGCGUUCUCCCUAAACAUUUCUAGCAGCUGUUUUUGGUUCCCCUUUGUAUAUUUUAUAAAGAAACUUAGUUGCCUCAAAAUAACAGUAUUAAUAAUGCAGCUUGCUCGGCUUUCUAUUCGAGGUUGUUUGCUCAGGUUGCUUUUCUAUGAAAUAUAUUUGCCAAGAUUAUGUGUGAGAGCUUCUAUAGCAUGAAGGUUUGAGUCCAUGAAAAGUGACUAUAAACUGCAAAUGCUGACUGAUUGCUAAUCCAUCAGCUCAUAGUACCUAAUUGCUUAUGACCUUCAAGUAUGUAAAUGAGUUUUAUUUUUAUCUAAUGUGGGAAAAGGCUAGCUCUAAAUUGCCCAGUUUCAUGAAAUGGGUUUUAUUGUUCUUUAGAUUUCACCGUGAAACGAGCUUUGCUUGUGGGAAAUACUUGACGGGUUGUGUGUUUUAAUGGGCAAAGGAUUUUAUCGUUUUACACAUCUAUCACCUCUUAAUAAGUGUGUAGCAAACAAGCUCUCAACAUACUUGUUUUGCAGAAUUCAUGGUUCAGUGGGACUGUGGGAGCUUUAUCUUAUCUUCUUUCCUGAUAUGUCAUUCUAUGGCACCCUCGUGAUCUAAUAAUGUGCCAUAGGAAACAAGCCAGGCGAGAGUUUACAUCAGCACCGAUCCUCAAAAGUUAUGAUGACUUCACUAUUGAAACCGCUGAUGGGAUUUGUGUUAUGCUUAAGGGCUUCAUAAACAAAGAUCGCACAUUGGAACAUGGGUUUCCAUCUGAUGUAAAUUCCCAUUGCUUUUCAUGUCUUUUGAGAGGCAUCAUUGCCGUAUCACAUAACACAAUGAUUGUUAUAAAUCUGGUUUUCAACCAUUUUGUUUUUGGGUUUCCACUUUACUGGAAGGAGUAUGAUGAAAAGUUUUUGUGUAAAGAGCCUCCCUCCAAGGGCAUUGUGACAGACAAAUUCUCUGAGCAACUCUCGCAGGGACUUGGAUCAAUAGGAGGUGCACACCCACAAUUAGACUGUCAUGAAAAGGACUUGGGGUCACAAAGAAGAAUUGAAGCCAAGGGUAGGUGGAAAGGCAAGCAAGAUAAAUCUUUGGGUGUUCAAUUCCUUCGUAAACAUAUUGUUAGUGGUCUUCAGGACGAAUCAUAUUGUGGAGACACCUGUGUUGAAGGCCAUACUGCUCCUUAUCUACCUGCGAAUUGUCUUGAGAACAAGGUAAAAUCAUCUUCAGAUUUAAGUUGCGAUGGAAUCAUCAAGGUAUCUGCCGAUUAUUCUCAACUCAGUGAUAAAGGAGGAACACUGCUUGCAUGUCACUUACGUAAUAAGAAGAUAAAACGGGGAGCUGAUAACUCAAGGAAGAUGGAUGGCAAAAAAGCAAAUACCAACUCUGACUGGGAUAUGAGCUCAUCAGAGAAAAUUCCGAGCCUUAAUGAAGUAAGAGUCGUGACACCUUCAAAAAGAAAGUUCAGAGUGAAAGAGAUGAAAAAUCAAAGAUCAACUGGAAUAUCAGAUUGUGAGAAAAUCAGGUUUAACUCUAUUUCAUCAGUCGGCUUCGGGGAACUAGAAUCAGAACUAGUUGUUGACAAAGAACCAGUGAGUAGCAACAACUGUAAUUCUGAGGACAAGGGUAUCAGAGAAAUUAAAACUAGAAGCAGCACCCGUAUGGCCAAAACUAAUGCUACAGAGUUACCUUCUACACCUGCUGUUUCAUCCAAGUCACAUGACUCACAUCAUACUCCAGCUUCCGCAGACAAUCAUAGGGGUACUUUAACUAAUGGGAAAAGUAGUCUGUCGGAGAAGGCUAAGGCUUUGGGCAAGGCGACCAGACAAAAAUCCAUGCCUGUUAGUAAGGAAACUCCAAAAACGGAAAAGGAAAAGGGUUGGAAUGCAUCACCCCAGUCAUGUAGUUUCCGCAGAUCUCGAUCAGGGAGAUUGCUGAUGCCUACCUUGGAAUUUUGGCGCAAUCAGAGGGCUAUUUAUGACACGGAUCGAACAAUCACUGGAUUUGAGGAAGGCGUGCAGCCCUAACAGCUUAGAAAUGGAACAUAAUGUAGGAAGCAGUCCAUUCUCAACGGAACUUCAGGGCUGAUUGUGUUGAUCCUUUCAACUGCAGUUGCUCUGGUCAUCAUGUUGAUAAGCUGUAUUAAGGUAUGUAUAUGUAAUCAGUAAUUAUGCAUCAGCUGUAAAUGCAAUUUAGUUUAAAACUAGAGCUGUACCCUAAUGAAAUGCAUUGUGGCCAUAGGAGUAUUUUGGACAGAGAUACUAGUAGGUAUGGUUUGGUGCCGAUGUGUAUUAAUUUAGAUAUUGUGUCAAAACGAUGUCGUUUUGGCUACUUGACUUCGACUUUUCUUCUCAAGAGCUAAUGAAGCAAAUAGAGUUUAAGUCGAAA